AUGGCCUAUGAAUCCAACUCGAACCAUGGCGAGGACAAUCCUUCGAAGAACAACCUACUUUCAAACAAGCCCCCCAAUCCCCCAAACUUCGAUCCGUCUUCAAAGUUCGCUCAAGAUCUACACGACCUGGUCGCCAGAUUCAGAAAGACCUCACCUGAAGACCUCUCCCAACUCCUAAAUCUCACUGUACCUUUGGCCUUUCAUCAAGUACGAGCUAUCACAAACCAGAUCUCAUACUCUCUAUCUCAUCACAUAGAGACACGGCUAGGAACGUGCACGGUUGGAACCUCAAUGUUUCACACCGGUGUCAUCUGGACACUCUGCUGUCGAUCCAAGUGGGUAGCGAAGGUAUCGAGUGAGUGGAUGGCGUUUAGCAAUGUACCGAUGAGAGCGUUGGUGUUUGUCGGAAUGACGGCACAUUAUCUGAAUCCGCCGGUGCAGAAAAGGGAUGCGACAUGGUACAUUCACGAAGCGAAGCGGUUCUGGAAAUCGCUCGGCUGA